CAAUUUACCCUCUUUGACGCGAGAUUCCUCUCUUACCACUACUUUUUUCCCCUCGGCUGAAAGAUAAUAGAAUACCUUAUUCCUAAAAAUGGCCGAUUACUGCCCCGUCUACGCCCCUUUCUUCGGUUCCAUGGGCUGUACAGCUGCUAUCGUAUUUAGCUGUCUCGGAGCUGCUUACGGUACUGCCAAGUCUGGUGUCGGUCUUUCUGCCAUGGGUGUCUUGCGGCCCGACUUGGUCUUGAAGUGUAUCGUCCCUGUUGUCAUGGCUGGUAUCUUGGGUAUUUAUGGUGUUGUCGUCGCUGUCUUGCUUUCCGGUGGCUUGGCCAUGAAGCAAACUCUUUUCAGUGGAUUUAUUCAGUUUGGUGCUGGUUUGUCCGUUGGAUUGAGUUGUCUUGCGGCUGGUAUUGCCAUUGGCAUCACAGGUGACGCUGGUGUCCGUGCCACAGCUCAACAGCCUAGAAUGUUUGUUGGCAUGAUUUUGAUUCUCAUUUUCGCCGAAGUCCUUGGUCUGUAUGGUCUGAUUGUUGCUUUGAUUUUGAACACCAAGGCCGCCGGUGGAGAAAGCGUGUGCCUUUAAAAUAUUUUGGCUAGACUGGUUGUAUUGAUCCAUUAAACAAAAUAAAUAUAUAAAUCUAAAAAGAGAACAAUUUUGAAUAUGUACAAUAAAAUAUACAUGUAAAACGAGAAUUGAAAAUAAUAAUAAAAAUAAAAAUAAUAAAAAGAGAGUUCAUAUGCAAGGUA